AAAAAGAGCCAACUCUCCUCAAAUGCACAGUGACCACCACCGCACGCACACACCCCAAGAAAUGGAGACUGUGAAGGGAGGCAGGAUCAUUCUCGGCCUGGAAAUCAAUCUGAUUCUCUUUUAUGUCGGUGCUACACAUGAGUGUAUGGUCUUUGUCCAUCAACCGCCUUACCUCGAAGUAGCCCACACUCAAGGGGCCGCAACCAUUCAGUGUUCCUUCUCCCACACGGGGUGCCCUUCAGAGCAACCACAAAGCCUGUGGUUUCGCUACGGUGCGGACCAGCCCGAAAACCUAUGCGUGGAUGGCUGCACCGGGGAUGCAGGCAAAUUCACAGUGAAGGAAGUCCUCACAGAAAGAGCAGUCUCCCUCACUGUAAACAGGGUGGCUCUGAAUGACAGCGCCAUCUACAUCUGUGGAAUCGUCUUUCCCAAGUCAAAGGAACCGGGAGCUAAGCGGACCGGAGAAGGGACCAUACUGGUGGUAAGAGAAAUGAAGGAACCACACAGCCUCCUGAUAGCUGUUGUAUCACUGCUCUCUAUCUACAUUAUUGGUGCACUCGUGAUCUUCGUAAUCCUUUCCAAAUCAAAAUCUAACUCUUUAAGAAACAAAGAAACAAAAGAUUCACAAAAGAAGAGGAGUGCCCGACGUAUUUUUCAGGAAAUUGCUCAGGAACUAUACAGUAAGAGACAGGUGGAAACAAGACAACAACCUGCCGGAGCAUCUUUUUCUGCAAACAGACAAUGAUAAGUGUCCUGAAGACAAGUCUAGAAGAGAAAGGCAACAUUUAAUGAAAAUAGAAGAGCACUUUCCAACUAUGAAAGAUCAUAGAGAUGUUUUAAUUUUCAAUUAAGUCACUGAAAGUCCAAAUCCAGAAGUUAUGGCAGUGUUAUCGGACAUACGCCCAUCAGGGCUUUAAAAAACCAAUCAAAGGUAAAUGGAAAAGACAAUUCUCCACAAAGAAGGAUGCCACACUACAAGGAAACUAUCACUAAAAGUAAUUACCCAAAAUACUAAAAUCCUACAAAAUACAACUGGAAAAUACUUUCUAACUUGC